CUUGAAGCUCUAUAAAUGGUGAAAAGGAAACAAUGCAGAUUCAUAGCAACAUCUGUUUUGAGCAAUAUGAAGGUCUCAGGGGCAUUUUGUGGGCUUGUGUUUGUGAUCCUUGUUGUUUCAACUUCAGAGGCUGCACUUUCAUGCAGUGAUGUGAUAAAGGAUUUGAGGCCUUGUGUGAGUUACUUGGUGAGUGGAAGUGGAAAGCCACCAGGUGCAUGUUGCUCAGGAGCCAAAGCUCUUGCUUCUGCUGCAUCAACCUCAGAGGAUAAGAAAGCUGCAUGUAACUGCAUCAAAUCCACUGCCAAGAGUAUCACCAUAAACUCACAAUUGGCUCAGGCUCUUCCAGGGAACUGUGGAAUAACCCUUCCUGUGUCUAUCUCCCCCAAUGCAGAUUGUUCCAAGGUUGGUUGAAACGUGGAAUUGGAGGGUCUUGCAAGCAUGCUCAACAUUUUUUUCUGCUACGUAUAUGUAUGGGAACUUAACAUAUAUAUUAUGUAAUAAACAGGAAUCUACCUACGUGGAUUUCUUUAUUCAUCAUUGAGUGCAUGUUUUUUGUUUUUAAUAUGUUGUCUGAAUCUUGUUUCCAAUCUACCUUGAUUGUAGAGCACUUCUUAUUUAAAGUUCACAAGUGUUGUAUUGAUGUCUAUUUCAAGAACAAUUUAAGGUUA